AUGAACAAUUUCGCAGCUGGUAAUUAUCAGUGCUUGCAUGAGAUUCCAGUUUCGCGGGGCGUCAAUGUUCGGAAGCGCUUCAUUGAGUUUUACUACAAGGCGUACUAUUCGGCCAACAGUAUGAAGCUCGUAGUUCUGGGUAGAGAGCCACUGCAGGAAUUAGAGAGCUGGGUCCAAGAGCUCUUCUCGAACGUACCAAACAAGAAUCUCCACCGUUUGAGGUGGGAUGGUAUACCAGUCCUAGAUGAGCCGGAGCUCAUGACUCAAAUUUUUGUAAAGCCGGUGAUGGAGCUGAGACUUUUAAACAUUCAUUUCACGUACCCCGACGAAGAAGAACUCUUUGACUCCCAUCCCAGUCGGUAUCUGGAACACUUGAUUGGGCAUGAGGGCCCUGGCAGUGCCCUUGCUUAUCUGAAGGAGCUAGGUCUUGCGGACUAUUUGUCUGCCGAAGCUACUGCUCAAUGUCCCGGCACAGUGAUUUUUUGUAUUGAAACUCGACUCACUGAAGAUGGAAUGCAGCAAUACCGGGAGGUCAUAAAAAUCAUUUUCCAAUAUAUUGCUAUGCUGAAAGAAAGCCCACCACUUACUUGGAUCUCAGACGAAAUGAGCCGCUUGGCAGAGGUGGAAUUCAAAUUCAGGCAGAAACUCCCUCCAUCCCGAACUGUGAGUGGUCUAGCCCAGGCCAUGCAGGAAGCUUGUAUACCACGCGAACAUUUGCUUAGUACUUCCCUCAUUCGCAAGUUUGAUCCGGAAAACAUUGAGCGCGGCCUAUCCCAUCUGCGCCCCGAUAACUUUCGAUUCUUUGUUGUGGAUCAGCAGUUUCCGGGAGAUUGGAACGUAACUGAACAAUGGUACGAGAAUAAAUACAAGCUCGAAAAAAUUCCCGAGGAUUUCAUGCAAGAACUCUGGGCCACAUCUCGGGCGCCGAUCAAAGAGAGGCUCUCUAGAGUUCAUUUGCCAGCUGUGAACGAGUUUAUUCCGCAACGAUUAGAGGUUGAGCGGAAUGAUAUCCCAGACCCAGCUCGGUAUCCUACGCUGAUUCGUCAUGACGACGAUAUUCGUGUGUGGUUCAAAAAGGACGAUCAAUUCUGGGUACCAAAAGCCAAUAUCAGACUCUUUCUUCGGUCGCCCGUGGCCUCGGUUACUCCAAUGAAUACCAUCAUGACCCAAAUAGCUGGUUUGAACUAUAGUAUAUCCGAAAGUGCACAUGGAUUAAAUAUAGAAAUAGACGGUUUCAACGACAAGAUGCUCGUGCUUUUGGAGAAAUUAUUAUUGGGAGUACGAGAUUUGAAUAUCAAGAAAGAGCGCUUCAACGUCGUAAAGGAGAAGGCGAGAAAAAUGUAUAAAAAAUUUGACUACAGGGAACCUUACCGACAAAUCAAUGCCUUCUCGCGCAUGUUGAUCAGCGAAAGAUCUUGGGCUCCCUUUGAAAUGCUCGAGGAGCUUCAGGCAGUGACAGCCGAGGAUCUGCGCUCAUACUCUCACGAACUGCUGCGACAGAUGCACAUUGAGCUUCUCGUCCAUGGUAACUCGUAUAGAGAAGAAGCGCUAAGCAUUGCAGAACUUGUGCAAUCAAAACUCCACCCACAUCGGUUACCAGAAGCUCAGUGGCCGCCACGCCGCGCGAUUGCGUUGCCAAGUGGUGUAAACUACCUAUACGAGCGAGUACUAAAGAACCCGGAUAACGUCAAUCAUUGUCUCGAGUAUAUCAUCUCGGUCGGCUCUAUCUCGGAUCGUGUACAACGAGCCAAGUUGCUACUUUUUGCCCAGAUUGCCAAUGAGCCGUGCUUUAACACACUUCGUACAAAAGAGCAGCUCGGGUAUAUCAUCAAUUCGGAGGCAAGCGUCUAUGCGGCUGUCGGCACAUGGUGUAUCCUCGUACAGAGCGAGAGGGAUUGCAAGUAUCUCGAAGAGCGUUGCGAUGCAUUUUUGAUGAAGCUUGAGCAGACUUUACGCGCAAUGACCAACGAGACGUUGGAGGAACUUAAAAUCGGUCUGGUAAACAAACGCUUGGAGAAAUUGAAGAAUUUGGGCCAAGAAGCGUUGCGUUUUUGGAAUCAUAUUACAAGUGAGGUGUUUGACUUUGAGCAAGUCUACUGUGACGCCGAAAACAUUGAAGCACUUACAAAGAACGACAUACUCGAAUUUUUCAACCAGUACAUCCAUCCCUAUUCUCCAACUGGCGCGAAGCUGUCUAUACAUCUUAUUGCACAGGCAUCUACUGGAGUUUCUGCAGCAGCAAAGAACACAGCCGCCGCUGAAAAUAAUAUUAAAGUUUCAACUUUCAAUGCAGAGCAAGAAAUUAUAGCAGUCCAUGACCAUGAGGCUUCAGUGUCCAGCGUGAAAAUUCCCGUUAAGAUUGAAGAUGUCAGAGCAUGGAAGGCAAGUCUACGCCUCUCAGCGGCUACAACUCCAGUAAAGAGUCUGAUCCAGUGGGAUGUUGUCGCUUCACCAGCCAAGGCCGAGAAGUCGCGGCAAAGCCCUGUUUCCGACUUUGCGGCUGCGGAACAAUCUUGCAAUCAGCCUUUCGAUACUCUCCGAAGUCCGGAACAUUGGAAGGCAGCUGGGAUGAGUACAGGUAUCCACGGCCAGGAACCUUUGAAGAGAUAUGACAAGAUCAAAGAUCGCCCACACUUUGUUACCGCUUCUAAACUAGAGGUAGUUGACGCUGAGCUCAAUGUAAUGGAAAGCCGUUCUAUCCCGUCCAAACUCACUAACUGGAAAACAUUUUAUUACCGUUUGAGGGCAAAUUUCGAUGGGUUAAAAUAUGAGUACGUUCCAAAACCUCCUCCUAGCCUUCUAGAAGAGGGACAGGUAGUUUUUUAUGACGUGGAAAAACGAGUCACCGACGUCUCUUACAAUAAGGAGGGUGAGCUCAGUGUCACCUACGAGGGUGUUCAAACUGAAAAGAACGAGGUUCUUCAUCCCGAUCUUGUUAUUGCUGCAGAUGGUACGGGCUCAGUCACCAGAAAUAUUGUAUUUCCAAAUUUGAAGACCCAAUACGCCGGGUUUCUUACCUGGCGAGGUAUAGUGCCAGAAAGUGCUGUUUCUAAGGGAACUAUAAACUUUCUCUUUGAUAGAUGCAUCCGUUACCAUGCUGAUCGGCACUACAUUGUAGUAUAUUUGAUCCCAGGAGAUGAUGGCGAUAUCAAACCGGGAGAAAGACACGCGAUUCUUGUUUGGUACGAUACUUGUCACAAAGACUCUCCUGAGAUCUUUCUAUAA